GAAGAGGCCCGGGGCGGAUAACCUUUUGCAAUCAAACUUCAAGAUUGUAUUAGUAUCCAUUUCCGUUGGCUGCCUGCCUCGAGGAGUCGAGACUUCAGCAACCUUGAAACUGAGAUGUAAUCCCUGCUGUCGAAGUUCUUCCCUUUUCUUUUGUAUCCCCCUAUAUUAUCCUCGUUCUGUCCUUUGUUUCUCCUUCAUCGUCAUCAAACACGAAUAUGCGCUCCAACAUCGUGGUUGGGGGGCUUGCUGCCCUAGUUGCAACUGCAGCAGGUGUAUCUGCUAGAUUCUUGCACGACUCGCCAUCCGCGACUGCACUGAACCCCUUGCUCGUCGAAAGACAAGCAACUACGACAGCUGCGGUGCGGCCCUCACUCACGCCGGACCCUUGGCAGUGCAUUACGGAGAAUAUCACGCAGUAUUUCGACGUCCCUAUGCCAACCGGGGCCCUUUCUAAGGCUCACGAAUCAUAUGCCGAGGAGCUGGCCGCACCGUGCUUGGCCACAGCAACUCGCGGUCGUGACAUGGUGUCAUGUCUGGACUCGGACCCGAAAUCAUGGUGCGGCCUCACCACCGCUGCGCCCGCCAGCGUCCUCCCCGACCUUUCAACCUACCUCUCCCAGGUCGUUUCGUUUUGGACGGCCAAUAGCGAAACCAUCUCCAUCUUGUCCACUAGCUGCCCCGUUGCCUGGGAGAGACAAAUUCCCAUGAUCGAGCAUGAGUGGCUGAAAAGGGUCUCGGCCCAUGCCAGCUGCUAUCUUGAGGCGCAUGGUGCACAUCCCCAGACCCAAACCGACGCCACGGCGCCCACUCCGACGGCGGCAAGCGGCGCAACGACAACGACGACUCCGACGACAACAACAACAACCAGAGAGGGUGAUGCUUCUCGUCGUGUCCAGGCUCUCGAGGCUUUCUCUUUAGUGAGCAUCGGACUUGCUAUUCUCGUGAAUACGGCAUAAACACGGAGAGAUGAUUAGCACGGUGGCAGGGUUGGCAAGUACCUAGGUAUACGCCAACGCUUACACAUUCUCGCAUGGUGAGAAGCGGACAGGCCCCCGAUAGGAGGAAGGUGUGAAAGAGAAUCUGUAAGCCUGGUAACAUCACGGACUGGCUAAACAAAAGCAUUUCCUGUUACACUUGUCUAGGUAGGUAGGUAUACAACCCAUAAAGUUGAUGAUAAAUAUACCAACGUCAACAAA